CCCUUAUACCCCCCUCCAAACACGCCCCUCCCCCUCCACAGCGAUAUCACCGCCCAACACAACCCCGCCAUCAGAUACCAGCCAUGUCUGUCGUAGGAGUCGACCUGGGUACCCUCAACAGCGUUAUUGCUGUUGCGCGGAAUCGAGGUGUCGAUGUCAUCGCAAAUGAGGUUUCCAACCGCGCGACACCAUCGCUAGUGGGCUUCGGCCCCAAGAGCAGAUACAUUGGCGAGAUGGCCAAGAACCAAGAAAUCUCCAACCUCAAAAACACCGUCUCUUCGUUCGUGCGUCUCGCCGGCCGCUCGCUCCAAGAUCCAGAUGUCCAGGUGGAGCAGGACUUUGUGUCGGCCCAGCUCGUCGACAUGGACGGCCAGGUCGGCGCAGAAGUCACAUACCUGGGCAAGAAGGAGCGAUUCACCGCCACACAAAUCACCGCCAUGCACCUCACAAAAAUGCGGGCCACAGCCUCUGCCGAGCUCAAGCUGCCCGUAAACGACAUUGUCCUCAGCUGCCCCGUGUGGUACACGGACGCCCAGCGUCGCGCCAUCCUCGACGCUGCAGAGAUUGCCGGCCUCAAGUGCCUGAGGCUGAUCAACGACAACACCGCAGUCGCCCUCGGCUGGGGUAUCCCCAAGCUCGACCUGCCCGGCCCAGAGGAGAAGCCGCGGAGAGUCGUCUUUGUCAACAUUGGCCACAGCAACUACACAGCCACUGUGGUCGAGUUCCGAAAAGGCGAACUGGCCGUCAAGUCGAGCGCCUGGGACCGUCACUUUGGUGGCCGCUACAUUGACAAGGCCCUUGUCGAGCACUUUGCCAAGGAGUUCAAGGAAAAGUACAAGAUCGACGUCAUGGAGAACGGCAAGGCGCGCUUCCGUCUGGCUGCCGGUGUCGAGAAGCUCAAGAAGGUGCUCUCGGCCAACAACAUGGCGCCCAUCAACGUCGAGUCCAUUAUGAAUGACAUCGAUGUGCGCGGCAUGCUCAAGCGCGAGGAGCUCGAGGAACUGAUCAAGCCGCUCAUCGAUCGUGCUACCGCGCCCAUUGAGCAGGCCCUGGCCGAGGCCAAGCUCACCAUCGACGACAUCGACUCGAUUGAGAUGGUCGGUGGAUGCACCCGUGUCCCUGCCGUCAAGUCCAAGAUCCAGGACUACUUCGGCAAGCCGCUGUCCUUCACUCUCAACCAAGACGAGGCUGUCGCUCGUGGAUGCGCCUUCUGCUGCGCCAUCCUCUCCCCAGUCUUCCGUGUCCGUGACUUCUCCGUUCACGACAUGGUCAACUACCCCAUUGAGUUCACAUGGGAGAAAUCCGAGGACAUCCCCGACGAGGAGACGAGCCUCACCGUCUUCAACAAGGGCAACGUCAUGCCAUCGACCAAGAUCUUGACGUUUUACCGAAAACACCCCUUCGACCUCGAGGCCAGGUAUGCCAAGCCUGAGCAGCUGCCCGGCAAGACGAACCCCUGGAUCGGCCGUUUCUCCGUCAAGGGUGUCAAGGUGGACCCCAAGGGCGACUUUAUGAUUUGCAAGCUCAAGGCACGUCUCAACGUGCACGGCGUGCUCAACGUCGAGUCUGGAUACUACGUGGAGGAGACCGAGGUUGAGGAGCCAAUUCCCGAAUCUCCAGCCGAAAAGAAAGAGGGUGAUGCCAUGGACGUUGACAAGGACGCACCUCCGGAGCCGCCCAAGAUGCGCAAGGUCAAGAAGCAGCUGCGCAAGGGAGACCUGCCCCUGUCCGCCGGCACUGCUUCGCUUGACGAGACGACCAAGCAGACGCAAGCCGAGCGCGAGAACGCCAUGAUCAUGGAGGACAAGCUCGUUGCCGACACGGAAAACGAGAAGAACAACCUUGAGAGCUUCAUCUACGAGCUCAAGGACAAGAUUCUCGACGUCUACGCCGAGUUUGCCAGCGACGACGAGAAGGCCAGGCUCAACGCCAAGCUUGAGACGAUUGAGGAGUGGCUAUACGACGAGGGUGACGAUGCCUCCAAGGCGCAAUAUGUCUCCAAGAAGGAGGACAUCCGCGCCAUUGCUGGCCCCAUUAUCCAGCGCUACAACGACAAGAUUGAGGGCGAGCGACAAGCCGCUAUGGAGAAGCAACAAAAGGAGCACGCGGCCAAGCAGGCCGAGCUUGAACGCGCAAAGCGCGAAGCCGAGGCCAAGAAGCAGGCUGAGGCACCACCGGCGGAAGACACAAAGGAUACCGAGAUGGCCGAUGCCGAGGGCCAAAAGGCUGACGGCGCUGACGAGGCUUCUUAGACGGCGGUAUAUGCGUAGGCGUAUGGGCAAAUGGAAAAAAGCAUUUGGACGGCGUAGUAUACACCUCAGGCUACGUUUCGGAGUGGGAAAGUCUUGGUUCGCCUUUGUUCGAUUUUUUUCUGUGAUGAGAUCAUGGUAAUGCGAUGCUUAUGAUAGACCAGUCGAUAGAUGAACGAAUAUGGGAU